AUGGCCGAUUACGACGGCUUUGAGUAUCUCCAGGAGGACUUUCAGCCAGAAAGCCUAACUCCUAUCCUCGUCGAUCUCUUCAACGACCAGAUUGUGCCACAGAGGAAGAAGAUCCUUGCCCGGGCCGCGAGGGCGAAGCGUUCGAGUUCCGGUAUCGUAAACGCCGGUACCGAAGACAUGUUCGAUCUUGAGCCGCCGAAAUCAACGCGAAGAUCUCGCUCCCCGAGGAAAUCUACAAAUCCCGUCAAGAGCGAGGAUUUUGACGAACCAACCUUGCCCGCAUAUUCCUCCCGUUCAUCUCGUUCGGUGAGCCGCCAACUAGCGCAGACCUCGGAUACCGAUACUGUCCCCGACACAAUUCGCAGUAGCCGACGAACCGUCACUCCAAGGAUAAAAUCUGAGGAGCCGGAAGGUCAUCGUUUCGGAAGGCUAUCUACCGAUCACGUCUCUGCAGAGCAGAGUGUAUUCACCAGCGAUAACCCUUUCCAAAGUGGAAGCUCUCCGGUACCUGCAAAGACUCCUAAUGGCCGUCGUUCCAGGACCCCAAAGUCGACCUCUAGACGACAAACCAACGGUGUGUUCUCCGCCAGCGAGGAUGACACGCAGACCGGAAUCUCCUACAACAAGGUGGCCUCGAGGUCAGUACGAAGACAGAUUAGCGAACCACCUGAGCUCGAGCCCGGCGAAGAGUUCACCCCCGAAGCCCAGUUAGAACUUCAACAAGAGUGGGCCUCCCAGGGCAAGAGCGCCGUUGUCACCCGUCGAAAGGCCGCCGCCCCUGCAAGGAAGUCUAUGCUGGUCACUUCUCUAUGGGUCCUCUUCACCGCGCUCCUUGCGGCUUAUGCGGCCUGGUAUCGCCAAGAGAAGCUCGCAAUAGGAUAUUGUGGUCUCGGCCGGCCGGCCACGCAGAUCAUCCCCCGAAGUUCCCGUACCCGAAUGGGCCUGAUCGAAGAGCUUCGCGAACGUCGAGCGCAGUUUGAGUGUAGCGAGUCCAUUACUGAAACCGGAGAAAAACUCGAAACCCCUACGAUUGAGGUUGAGGAACUGAAAGAAACCGUCAGCCGAAAGCGAAACAAGCGACUGAACAAACAAGAUUUUGACGACCUAUGGGUCGCGGCCCUUGGCGAAGUGCAGGGCAGAGAGGAGGUUGAGGUAAAAGAAAAAACCGGUGCCGGAGGUAUUCCAAACACGUACCUCUCUUCCAGCUCUCUCGCUCGUGUUCCCCUCACGUGUGCGAUCAAACGCUCCGUCAUCAACGGACUGGAACGACAUCGCAUCACAAUUGGAUCUUUGAUUGGCACCCUUCUCCUUGCCAUCUAUGCCAGGUCCCGUUAUCUAUCAGAGAGGGCUAUAGCAGCCAAGGUCCCAGCCUUGGUCGAUCUAGUCCUUGACCGGUUGCAUAAGCAGAAAGACCUAGCUGAGGAUGUCCUAGAGGACCCCUGGCUUUUCCUACCGAACCUCAGAGACGAUGUCCUUCGAUCUGUGCACUCCCUUCCCGCCAGGGAACGAUUGUGGCAACGAGUUCGAGCGGUUGUUGAACAGAACAGCAAUGUUAGGACGGGGCAGAGAGAAAACUCCAACGGGGAGUUUGGCCGUGCUUGGGAGGGCGAUGAAACCCCUGAAGCGUCGGACAGGAAACACGCGAAGUGGGACGAGUCCCGGCCUAUCUACUGA